AUGAAGCAGUGCCGAGAAAUCAGACGUCGGAGGGUCUCCGACCUCGCGUUCUACCCCUCUCCGGGGAUUACAGCAGCAACAGCAGGUACGAGCGUCCAUCCUCUGGUUUACGACAUGGGUGUCGAUAGCGGUAGACAGUUUCCCGUCGGCUUACAAGGCCGAUCCGGAGGACAAAAGAUAAGCAAGGAUGCCGCGGCGUACGCCGUCGCUUUUCUCUUCGGCAUAGAUGCGCCGACAUGA